UGACAGCCCACCACUCCUCCUGUGAGUGGGACCCAUAAAGCGGUAGGCUCUAGGACCCGGGAGACGGGCUGCCACAGAGGCAUUGCAGACAGCGCGUUUGGGAGGUGUAGUGGAAGAAAGGCAAAGAAACGGAGUAAAUGAGAGCACUUUUGUCCAGAUUGUUGAAGGACUUAUCAACUUAAUACACCGCCGAAACAGCUCACUAUAAUGAGACGGACACAUUGUUGAAUUCCUGUCCAGGUAACCACCAUUGAGAAGGCGGCUGUAAACCCCAGGACCUCGUCUCCAGGCUCCAGCAAAGAGCCCUGUGAAGAAAACUUGGGAAACAAAGCUGUGUCUCUCCCUGUGGGAAACCUGGAUCCUCCACCCUGCCCACCAACAUGACCAAUGUGGUGAUUGUCAAGGAGGGAUGGCUGCAUAAAAGAGGAGAAUACAUCAAGACCUGGAGGCCGAGGUAUUUUCUCCUGAAGAGUGAUGGUACAUUCAUUGGCUACAAAGAGCGACCGCAAGAUGUUGACCAGCUGGAAACCCCCUUAAAUAACUUCUCUGUCGCACAGUGCCAGCUGAUGAAGACGGAACGGCCCAAGCCCAACACAUUCAUCAUCCGCUGCCUGCAGUGGACCACUGUCAUCGAGCGCACCUUCCACGUGGAGACCCCCGAGGAGAGGGAAGAAUGGACUAAAGCCAUCCAAGCAGUGGCUGAAGGCCUCCAGAAACAAGAGGAGGAGAUGAUAGACCUCUCUCCGGACCCCAUGGACAUGGAGGUCUACCUGACCAAACCCAGACAGAAAGUGACUAUGCACGACUUUGAAUACCUCAAACUCCUGGGAAAAGGCACUUUUGGCAAAGUUAUCCUGGUAAAGGAGAAGGCCACAGGACGCUACUACGCCAUGAAGAUCCUGAAGAAGGAGGUGAUCGUAGCAAAAGAUGAAGUGGCGCACACACUCACAGAGAACAGAGUCCUCCAGAAUUCAAAGCAUCCGUUCUUGACAGGACUGAAAUACUCCUUCCAGACACAUGACCGCUUGUGCUUCGUCAUGGAGUAUGCGAACGGCGGCGAGCUUUUCUUCCACCUGUCAAGGGAUCGUGUAUUCUCAGAGGAGCGGGCGCGAUUCUACGGUGCAGAGAUUGUGUCGGCGCUGGACUACCUGCAUGCUGAGAGAAACGUGGUGUAUCGAGAUCUUAAGCUGGAAAACCUUAUGCUGGACAAAGACGGACACAUAAAGAUCACAGAUUUCGGCCUGUGUAAGGAGGGAAUCACAGAUGGCGCCACCAUGAAAACGUUCUGUGGGACGCCAGAAUACCUGGCACCCGAGGUGCUGGAAGACAAUGACUACGGCCGGGCAGUGGACUGGUGGGGUCUGGGGGUGGUGAUGUACGAGAUGAUGUGCGGCAGACUGCCUUUCUACAACCAGGACCACGAGAAGCUGUUCGAGCUCAUCCUCAUGGAAGACAUUCGCUUCCCUCGGACACUCGGCAUCGAGGCCCGCUCGCUGCUCUCUGGCCUCCUAAAGAAAGAGCCAAUGCAGAGGUUAGGUGGCGGAUCUGAAGAUGCCAAGGAAAUCAUGCAACACAAGUUUUUUGCAUCAAUUGAAUGGCAAGACGUUUAUGAGAAGAAGCUGGUCCCGCCGUUUAAGCCCCAAGUUACCUCGGAGACGGACACACGAUAUUUUGACGAGGAGUUCACAGCACAGACCAUCACUAUUACGCCACCCGGACAAGAAGACAGUAUGGAGUCGUUUGACAGCGAGCGGAGACCCCACUUCCCCCAGUUCUCCUAUUCUGCCAGUGGGACAGCCUAAAGCGACUAUCAUCCGUUCACCUGGUCCCACCGCCUCCCCCCACCCCCGCCCGACUGCACUCUCUAAAGACCGGGGCCACAGCCCCAUCCUCCCUGCAUUGUCUGCAAGAUGCCGUCGGUGGAUGUAACAUUUCAAAUCUGCAAGUUGUGUUUUCCAGGAAGGAGGAAAUUCAAGACAAAACAAAGAUCACUGUGGUUGUUCUGAGGCCUUUGAAGACUGACCACGAGAGAGUUCAACACUACCCUGCAUCUCCUAGUUGUUAUGUUGUAUACUGAGCAGGCAUCCAUACACCAUAAUGAAUAGGGAAGUGCAGUCAUGUUAUGCACAAAUUAGGCCACUGAUGUGAGUUUUUGUAAUAAAAAUAUACAACUGAAUAUGAAUCAACCAUUUCAAAUAGAACACAGGCAUACUGCGGACCAAAAAAGAUCAUGUGAGCAGAGUGUGUUGUUUAUCGAGUGGGUAAAAAAUCCAUGUUUUCCUUCUGAACAAUUCAAGUACCAUUCAGACUUCCGAGACAUUUUUUAGGCUUAAAAAGUGAAUGUACCGUAUCAAAUAAAGUCAACAUUUCUGCAUUCUUA